AUGGGAGCGACGGACAGAGCCGGCACCACAGGUCGCGGAGGUCGCCAACUGGCAACCCUUCGCACAGGCCGAGAAGGUGUGUCAUGCCUACACCUGGCGCCGGCGCCGUCUCAGCAUGCUGCAGGCUGCACAGGCCUCAGCCGACACUGCGGAGCGGUGAAGGUUGAUAUCCGCUGCGUGGUUGAUGGCCUCUUGGCAGGCGUUCGAGCUGGGCCCCUCCUCGCCUUCCGUGCGAGCCAUGGAGCACACUACGCGCUUAGCGGCUCGCCAGCCAACGCGCGGCUCGGAGCGCUGAAGACGAUCAUCUUCUUCGGGAAGAUGGACGGGGACGGCCCCUUCAGCGGCGAGUGCUACGUGCAGAGCAACUCUGUGUACGGUGCCGCGAUCGCUUUGCCGCAGGUUGCCCGGAGCUGUGGUUGGCCUGGCACUCUCGUCGCGGCUUCUGUCAGGAUCUACCUGCUUUGUCUUGCCAACUUCCUGCUUCAGGCCUACUUGAUCUCCAUGAUCGGCGAGGAGCAGAACUUUUGGUACCCCUUUGCGGGGCAGAUGCACCUCUGUGACUUCGGUUCUGCCAUCCAGGACUGCCCUGACGGCAAAAACUGCCUGGGGCCUGGUGGCACGAACUACACCUACCCGCGGCUCUACGGCUACGAUUUGUGGAGCACUCGCAGCUUUGUGAAGCAGAGCUUUCAGGCGGUUUUCCCCCACACCGGCCUGGACCAAAUCGACCCCGGGGAGUACGGCCUGGAAAGCUUCUGGUGCAGGCUGGCCUGCGUGUCCUUGUUCCUGCUGGCCACCAUGGAUGACCUCAGCGACAACCUGCAGAGUGCCAAGACUCUUCUGAUGACACCAGCGGAGCCCGAGCCGUGGGUGGAGAUGGACGUCCCUGACUGGGCCAGCAAACAAGAUGUGAAGGAGUUCAACGACCACACAGAGCUGGACUUGGUGAACUUCAAAGUGGCGGGCAUGCCGCUGCAUUGGAAGCUCCUGAAUGCCAUUAUCAUUCUGCUGCCGAAGACGCUGCUUUGGAUUGGAGUGGUGCGUUCCGGCGUGCAUUACCUGAUGGAGACUGGAGAUAUCAUAGACGUGGUGGUCAAUGGAAUGGCUCUCAGCUUUAUCCUCAGCGUGGAUGAGAUGAUUUUUUCACGCCUCUGUAGCAGUGUCGAGAUCCACAUCAUGCGAAAGAUGGAACCUUUGAAGCUCUACGACACACACAUCGAGGAGCACGAGUCGGACGAGCAGGCGAUCGCUCGAUUCGAGGCUGAGGCCGAGCAAGUCGGCUGCUUCAGCUUCAUUUGCGGCGUGGUCCCCUUUCAGUUCAUAGCCUUGGUCCUCCUGCAGGCUGGUUUCCUGUGGGAUUACUACAAUGACAACUGCGACAGACUUGAAGAUGGCAGCUCCGUCUCCAAGGCGAUGCACUUACCAGCCCAGCUCCACGUCAGCUGGUUGAACUACAUGUUCGGCCUGCAGAUCCCGCUUCAGCUGGAAUCAUUCUGGACGAGGCCAAGCGCAUGA